GUCCCCGCCAACCUAUAAAGCCCUCACUCCGUUCACUGAAUCUCCCCAUUUUUUGUUUUGCUUUUCACCAUACGAUGCCGCGGGGUAGAAGAAGCGUGUCUUCCCCUCCCACAUCAGCUCCAAUCUCCAUCGGAAAUUGCCAAGUUGUUGUGGAAGCCAAGAACUUCACAUCAGAAUCGAGUCGGGACGGCCUGCAAAUAUCUCUCUCCAAAACUGCCAAGAUUAGGAUAUCAGUGGUGGAUAGUGUCAAUGAGCAUCAUGGUGAUUUUGGAGGAAGAGGGCCUGAGAAAUGUGGUAAUUUUUACUUUGUGCUUGCUAAUCCGAAAGAUUUGGACGGCCAAACCAAGUCUCUUCUUCAGGAAGUAUUAACUCUUUACAUGAAAGAGCUGCCUGCAAUGAAUUAUGCUGCUAAUACCGGAAAGGAAUCAAUGUUCCUUGAACGAUGUGUUACAAAUGGGAAAUAUUGCACCUUACUUCUCAAGUCCAAUGAUGAUAAGCAACCUGGAGAGGUCAUUGCAGCGCUUACUUAUCAAAUAAUUCCAGCUGAUACACAGUAUGCUGAGGUUCCUCUUGCUGCUGUUAACUCAAUCUUUCAACACAAGGGACUUGGUCGCUUGUUAUACUUGGAAUUAAGAAAAAGACUUCAGAGUGUAGGUAUUCGCACUCUAUUCUGUUGGGGAGACAAAGAAUCUGAAGGAUUUUGGGUCAAACAGGGUUUUACUGUGAUUGGUGAGGUGGAUAAGAAGGGCAGAGCUCGCAAACUCCCAAUCAAGGCUGAUGUUCGAAGAGCAUUAUGCUUUCCUGGUGGUUCAACCCUAAUGGUGUGUCAUCUUCACAGUGAUAGCUCGUCCAAAGCAGUGAAUCUAUCAACCCUACGCUCGCCACUGAAGCUUUCUGAGCUGAACUUUGAAAAGCAAGAGCCAAGGCAUAUAGUAGCGAGCCAUGAACCUUCCAAAGAAGAUAAUGGAGUUGCUGAUAGUGGGUAUUCUGACUCAAUAAAACUAGAAACUGAAAAAUUUUCAGUUGAUGUUCAAUGGUGCUGCUUUUGCAAUGUGGCUGUGGCUAGUGCUUCUGGAACAAGGGAAGGUGGAAAUGACUAUGAUGAGGGCGAUUGCUCUUGUUCAGUACAGGGAACUAAGAAAAGGAUGUGGGAAGCCUCAUGCACCUCAUUAAAGUCAAAAAAAGUGAAGGGUUCCUAUUCAAAUGAUUGUCAGUUGGCUUCUCGCUGUCCUGUUUGGACUAGCGACAGGAUAAUAGUUAAUUGUCCUGAUAGAAACUGCUGCUUAACUAGAAAUGAACCUUCACCUGCUGCUUUGCUAACAAACCCUGGGAGUAAUAGCAUGCAUGACAAAAAUGAAGAAAGCAGAGCAGGGAAUAUCGCAAAUGAAGAAUCUGGCUACCCAAAAGGUUACAGGGUUAUGCUGAUGAAUAUUGCUGAUAAUGAUAAGAAAUCACGUCUUACCAAGAUAAUUGAAGAUUUGGGUGGAGUUGUUGCUUCUGAUGGAAGAGUAAGCACGCAUGUUGUCACAGGGAAAGUCAGAGUCACAUUGAAUUUCUGCACUGCACUCUGUUCAGGAGCUUGGAUUAUAUCAUCUGGGUGGUUGAAAGAAAACUUCAAGAGCGGCAGAUUUGUUGAUGAAAUGCCUUUCAUUUUGAUAGAUGAAGAUUACAGGAAAAGGUACAGAACCGAGCUGAAAAGUGCAGUUCUUAGAGCAAAAGCAAGUCCCAAUGCAUUGCUUAAAGGUCUAGAUAUAUGGCUGGCAACUCAUGUUCACCCUCCAACCAGUACUCUGUCAGCCAUUGUUAAAUCUGCUGGGGGAAAUGUCAUCCGGACACAGAAUGAAAUAAACGAGGUAUCAAAAACCAUAUUUGUAGCAUGUGAAGAAGACAUGGAAGAAGCUCUAUCAGCCGUAAAGCUGGGGAUCUGGACAUUCAGCAGUGACUGGCUAAUGAACUGUAUAAUGAAGCAAGAACUAGAUCUUGAAGCUCCUCAGUUUGCAGAAUCCCUUUAACAGGUUUCCAGCAUUCUGUCUGAAAAAUUGUAUAUAUACGUCCUAGGAAGGAUACUCUCAAGAACUCUAUCAUGUUAUCUUAUAUCCAUCAGCACCUACUGAUUCAGUUGCUGGGGUAAUGAGGCAUGUUUUUGGUUCAAUUUCUCAGCGUUCCUUCUGGAGCUUGAUGUCACUAUAAAUUAUGAAUAUACUGAAAUGAAGAUGAAUAAUCUGCUAUUUGUUUU